CGCUCUCGCCCCGCCAUGCUCCUGCUGCUGGGGCUGUGUUUGGCGCUGCCCCUCUGCGCGGGGUCGCAGGAAGAGGAGCGGAGCUGGAGUGACACUUCGGAGCAAGUUGGACUCAGGGUCCCAAGACAACUCAGGCUGUUGCAAAGGCUGAAAACCAAACCUUUGAUGACAGAGUUCUCGGUGAAGUCUACCAUUAUUUCUCGUUAUGCCUUUACUACGGUUUCCUGCAGAAUGCUCAACAGAGCUUCUGAGGACCAGGAAGUUGAGUUUCAGAUGCAGAUUCCAGCUGCAGCCUUCAUCACCAACUUCACCAUGCUUAUUGGAGACCAGGUGUAUCAGGGUGAAAUUAUAGGCAGAGAAAAGAAGAAUGGUGAUAGGGUAAAAGAGAAAAGGAAUAAAACCACAGAACACAAUGGGGAGAAGGGGACUGAAAUGUUCAGAGCUUCCUUAGUGAUUCCCAGCAAGGACAAAGCCGUCCUCCUGCUAAGUUAUGAAGAGCUUUUGCAGAGACGGCUUGGGAAAUAUGAGCACAUCAUCAGCGUGCGCCCCCAGCAGCUGGUCGGGAGGCUGACCGUGGACGUGAACAUCCUGGAGAAGUCGGGCAUCGCCUCGUUGGAGGUGCUGCCGCUUCACAACAGCAGGCAGAAGGGCAGUGGGAGGGGGGAAGAUGAUUCUGGACCUCCUCCUUCUACUGUUAUCAACCAAAAUGAAACUUUUGCCAAAGUCAUUUUUAAGCCUAGUGUGGUCCAACAAGCCAAGAUUGCCCAGAAUGGAAUUUUGGGAGAUUUCAUCAUUCGAUAUGACGUCAAUAGGGAACAGAGCAUUGGGGACAUCCAGGUCCUAGAUGGCUAUUUUGUGCACUACUUUGCCCCUAAAGGCCUUCCUCCUUUACCCAAGAACGUGGUAUUUGUGCUUGACAGCAGUGCCUCUAUGGUGGGAACCAAACUCCGACAGACCAAGGAUGCCCUCUUCACUAUUCUCCAUGACCUCCGACCCCAGGACCGGUUCAGUAUCAUUGGAUUUUCCAACCGGAUCAAAGUGUGGAAGGACCACUUGAUAUCAGUCACUCCUGACAAUAUCAGAGAUGGCAAAGUCUACAUUCACCACAUGUCACCCACUGGAGGCACAGACAUCGAUGGGGCCCUCCAGAGGGCCAUCGCGCUGCUCAACAACUACGUGGCCCACAAUGACAUUGAGGACCGGAGCGUGUCCCUCAUCAUCUUCCUGACAGAUGGGAAACCCACCGUCGGGGAGACCCACACCCCCAAGAUUAUCAACAACACCAGGGAGGCCGCCCGAGGUCAAGUCUGCAUCUUCACCAUCGGCAUUGGGAAUGACGUGGAUUUCAAGCUGCUGGAGAAACUGUCGCUGGAGAACUGUGGACUCACACGGCGCGUUCACGAGGAGGAGGACGCAGGCUCACAGCUCAUCGGGUUCUACGAUGAGAUCAGGACCCCUCUCCUCUCUGACAUCCGUAUUGAUUAUCCACCCAGCUCAGUGGAGCAUGCCACCAAAACCCUGUUCCCCAACUACUUCAAUGGCUCAGAAAUCAUCAUUGCAGGGAAGCUGGUGGACAGGAAGUUGGAUCAACUGCAUGUGGAGGUCACCGCUAGCAACAGUAAGAAAUUCAUCAUCCUGAAGACAGAUGUGCCUGUGGAGCCCCAGAAGCAGAGGAGUGACAUCCCAGGAAGCCCCAGUCCCAAAGGUAAUGGGGAGGAGGACCCCAACCACAUUGAGCGUCUCUGGAGCUACCUCACUGUGAAGGAACUGCUGAGCUCCUGGCUGUGGAGUGCUGACGAGCAGGAGAAAGAGCGGCUGAGGCAGCAGGCCCAGGCUCUGGCGCUGAGCUAUCACUUCCUCACACCCCUCACUGCCAUGAAGCUGAAGAAGUCGGUGCCUGCCACAGACAGACUGGAGGACGCCUAUGGCAUGUCUGCAGCGAUGGGACCCGAAACGGUGAUGCAGAGCUUGCGGGGAGGCAGCUCCCGGCCAGGACCUACGCUCAAGAAACUGUAUGAGCCAAGAAUCAAAAUCUCUAAAACGUCAGUGGAUGGUGACCCGCAUUUUGUCGUGGAUUUCCCCUUGAGCAAACUCACUGUCUGCUUCAACAUCGAUGGGCAGCCCGGGGACAUCCUCAGGCUGGUCUCUGAUCACAUGGGCUCUGGUGUGACAGUGAAUGGAGAGUUAAUCGGCGCCCCGGCGCCUCCAAAAGGUCACAAGAAACAGCGCACAUACUUCCGCAUCAUCACCAUCCUUGUCAAUAAGCCACAGAGAUACUAUCUUGAGAUCACACCCAACAGAGUCAUCUUGGAUGGUGGGGACAGGCUGGUCCUCCCCUGCAACCAGAGCACAGUGGUGGGGAGUCAGGGGCUGGAGGUGUCGGUGUCUGCCAAUGCCAACGUUACCGUCACCAUCCAGGGCUCUAUUGCCUUUGUCAUCCUCAUUCACCUCUACAAGAAGCCAGCGCCCUUCCAGAGAAACCACCUGGGCUUCUACAUCUCCAGCAGCAAAGGCCUUUCCAGCAGCUGCCACGGACUGUUAGGUCAGUUCCUGAACCAGGAUGCCAGACUCACCGAGCAGCCCGCCAGGCUCAGCCAGAACUUCACGCACCCUCCAUCCUCCCAGCCAGGAGGGGGGUCUGAGCCUGUCCUGAAGGUGAAGGAGCACCGCGUCCCAGUGGUCUGGAAACAGAGGAAGAUUUACAACGGGGAAGAGCAGGUCGACUGCUGGUUUGCCAGGAACAACGCGGCCAAACUGAUUGACGGGCGGUAUGAGGAUUACCUGGCAGCACAUCCUUUUGACACGGAGACGACAUUUGGCUUGAGGGAAUCCAGGGGACUCUGAAACUGGCAGCCUUGAUGAUAAGAGUGUCUGACAGGGAAGUGACUUUGGGGACACCAUGGUGCGGCUCCUCUGUGGCUUGGCCUGACUCAUUUCUUGGCAAUUAGACGCUCUCCAUAACCUACCCCUGGUGGAGUGUAGGUCCCGGGUCUACUUGAGCAAAGGACAGGGACAGGAAACUUGAGUGAACGUGUUCUUUCCUUCUGCCUGCUCUUCCUGCCCUGCCCCCUCCCUCCCUCCUACAGCAGAGAAACAUUGUAGCACCAAGGGCAGGAAGGUCAAGUUCAAAACAUAGCGGUCUGUGUCUUGUACCAACCAGCUUCUCAUGGGGGAAGGUGCCAUGGAAUUUGUUUGCUCUGUGGAAAUGGCCAGGUUUGGACACUCUGCUUUCUGCCUUAUGAUAACGCUUAGGAACCUCUCCCUUUAGUGCCACCGAGUUCUCCACAUGUGCAGCCACCCUCUGCCCCAAAGCCCAGGGUCAUGCAAACAGCACAUGCAUUGAUCGUUGUCAAUAAUUAAGUCUGUUUUUAGGAGAGGAAUUUCUUCUGCUAUGGUAUCUUGCCCUUAAAAAUUAGUUUUCAUUUUUAAAAACAUUGAUUGGAAGUAGAAAAAUCUACACCCCAGAUGCUGAUCUCUUUCUAACAGGCUUUGUAAACCACUUGAUGUUGCUAAUGGCUAUUCUCCAAUGUAUCCCAGUAAGCUAAGUGCUUUUAAUAAACAGGACAGCCCCCUGGGGAGCUUUUUCCUGGCCCAUCUUGGUGCUGGAGAGUUGGCCAGUUGAAUGACUCCAAUCUUUUACUUGGAGCUCUCUAGCCUCUGUCAUAAUUCCCGGACCUUUUCUGAUUGCAGUUUUCCAGGGGGUGGUAAGUCACACGGGCACAGUGCUGGGAUGGGGGAGAGCCAGCAUCAGCACCCAUGGGAGGACCCAACUUGCACGUUCUCAGCAGGAAGCAUGUGCACGCUUAGAGACGCCACAAAGCCUUCUCGCAUCUCAGACGGGCAAAGGCCGGGAAAUGAGCGUGAGCGAGUGGCUCUGGCUCCAGAACUUGCACAAACCUGAUCCCCUAAGGCAAAGGUUAAAAUCAGGGUGGCUUCAAAAGUCAGUGAAUGUCACUGUACUCAUUCUGAAUGCCCUCUGUAAAGCCUGGUUGUAUUCUUAAAGUGACAUGAGGCUGAUGGUGGCCCAAAGCAGUCCUUCUCUCCCUCCCCAGUAAAGUUCUUGCUUUUUGCUUUGCUUGGUCUUGUCAGGUCCACUGAGUGAGUAGCCUGCUCAGGAAGCAGAUGGACACAGGGGUUUCUUGAGCCAAACAGCAGAGAAAGGAAGAUUGUGGUCAGAGAAAAAAAAAAAAUUUGAUGUGGGCCAGAGUUGAAGGCUUUUGUGCUGGCUUCACGGGAAGCUCUUCCAUUGGGCACGACGCCAGAGUAGCCUCUGCAUGAAAUGAAGGCGUGCUUAGCACUUAGAGAGAAACCCAAGUUAAGAAAAUUGUUUAUCAUGUUUACCUUCCCGUGGGAAACUUGAGCAGUACAAUGAUAUCCAUGUGUCCCUGACGGACUCAGUGGCUGCAGGAAUGAGCUGGUGCUGGGUGGCUGUGUGGGCACUGUCCGCCUGGGGAACCCCCUCGGCCCAUGGCCUGUCAGUUGUGCUACUUAUAUGACCCCCAUCUUCCCAAACUUGGUGGCCUGUUUUCAUGCCAGAGGUGCAAAGACUACCAGCGCAUACUGCUGAUAGAUGCUCCCAUAUUUUGGAGCUCGGAAAAGAGGAGGAACCUGUUAGGCUUAGCCAGUGACUGUCAAGCUCCCCAGGACCUUCCUAUUAUGUAAGUCCCAGCUGGGCAGACAGUCCUUGAGCCAAAAGCGCUGUCCCCUGUGCCACACUUGGAGCAGUGAUGUGUUGUUCCAGCUGUAUUCUCAACACUGGGGAGAAGGGUGUUAUUAGGCAAGACCAGUUAUGACUGCUUCUGCUGCUACCUUAUCUAAGAGCAGGGAAACAUUCCAAUGAGAUACCCAUAGCUAACUUCCCUAUGCAGGAAAAAUAAAAGAAAAAAAUAUCAAAGUUGAGCUUUUGUUUUUUAAAAAAUGUGUUCUUACUAGAUAAAUACCACUCUUCUUUCUUCUCUUCUUUACAUAUAGAUCUCUCUCCCUCUUUUUUUUCCCAAAAGGUAUUUACUGUUAAGUUUUGUCUUAGCUGCAGAUUGGUAUCUGUGAGCCUGAAACCCCAUACCAGUGUUUUACUUAGGACUGUUUCAUUUGACUGAAAAGUGUAGUGUUUUCUGUUGGCCACAUGCAUUGUGACUAGCAAGCUAUUUAAAGUAAAUGCAAAGGAAAGGAGGAAUUCUCUUCUAGGAUGGGGAAACUGAGGCAGGGUGCAGUUGAGUGAUUUUUCCCAAGUUGUAUAAAAGCCUCCAGAAUUCACUUCGUUAGCUUUGACACUGUUCUACCAUCCAGGCCAUCAUUUAUUUUUCUUGAGCAUUUAUACCUAAGGUGGGGGGUUACUGAGAAAUAUAUCACAAUUAGGGGAGAUAAAUCUCAUCAUUAUCAUCAUAGCUAAUGUUAAUGAGCCAUAAUAAGUGACUAAGUGGGACCUUGAGCGAGUUGACAUGUCUGGGUUCCAAUCCCCUCCCUGUUCUGAAAAAGAAAGGCAUUUGAAUGGGUCAUCUUUAAGGGUCUUCUAAUUUAAAGUUUAUAUUCCCCAAAUAAAAUGGACUGAACGUUCUCUACCCACCCGUGCUAGCGUUUUGUCUUCCUCCAUCUGACUUUUUGAUGAUUUACUACUUCAGGCUGGAGAGAGGAGGCAUUUGGGAGGGUAAAACAUCCCAGCGCUCCAUCUGAGCCAGGCAGCUGUGCUGAGGACGCAGGAGCUGGGAACUGGAGAAAGCUCCUCUUCGUUCCUGUCAAUAGUAACAUUAAAUAUUUAAUUGAAUUGUGUAUCCUUACAGAUGGAUUAGGAACAGGAUUUAUUCCUUUAAAUUUAUCUUUUGGCUAAACUGAAUGAUGUGAACCAAAUGUUCGUGUCCUCCCAAAACUCAUAUGCUGAAGCCUAAAUCCCCAACGUGAUGAUAUUUGGAAGAGGAAACUUUGGAAAGUGAUUAGGUCAUGAAGGUGGAGCUUUCACGAAUGGGAUUAUUGCCCUUAUAAGUAGAAACACAAGAGAGAUGAUCUCUCUUCUCUCCACCAUGUGAGGGUACAAUGAGAAGAUGGCCAUGUGUAAACCAAGAAGAGGGCCCUCACCAGACACCAGGUCUGCUGGUGCCUUGAUCUUGGACUUCCCAGCCUCCAGAACUGCGGGAAAUGUUUGUUGUUUAAGCCACCCAGUCUGUGGUAUUCUUGCAGCCCAGGUUGACAAAGACAUGAAAUCAUUCAAAAUAUGAAUUCUUUUUCCUUUCUUUAAGCUCUCCAGAAUGUACACAAGGAAUGCUGUUAUUAAAAUUUGAAAGACUCUUGGAAUCAUAAGAACACAGUCCAGCUAAAAUAAACAGCAAAUAAAAUAACACAGCUAAGCAAAUACUUAGAAAUGUAACUUUAAAUAUUUAUGUUAGUCUGUUUUAAAUACUAAGUAGGGUACAAGAUAGUUCACAUGCAAAAGACGUUUUUCUUAAACAAAUUUGUAAGAGAAUGAUGUGUAAAAACAAAUAACAUGUUGGUAUAUUUAUUUUUUGAGGGAAAAUGGAAUUAGGGCUAUUGAGAAUAAAAUUUUAUGAUUCUGACUGCAA